AUGAAGAAAGUACUAGAUAGAUUUAGCUGGGCUACUGAGCAGGAAAUUAAUUGGAAUAAGUCAGAGAUUUUUUUAUUCCACACUGAAGUUGGGUCUCAAAGGGCUAUAGCCAGAUUGUUUGGGAUCAGGAUUGGUCAGCUUCUUGGGAAAUUCCUUGGAAUGUCACUCUUUGCUGGAGUUGGGAAGACAAAAAUUUGGAAAGGGUUGUUAGAUGAUUGCAAAGAAAAAAUGGAGGGUUGGAAGAGCAAGUGGCUCACUUCGGCUGGCCGUCUUCUGAUGCUGAAGACAGUUGUAUCGGCUAUGCUUAUUUUCCCAAUGGCUUGUUUUAAACUCCCAAGCUUAGUCAUAAAGAAUAUGCAGCAGAAGAUGAGAGAGUUUUUGUGGAAUGGAAAUCAGGAGCAAGACAAAAUACUACUGAUUGCCUGGGACAGAGUAUGCAAACCCAAAGGAGGAGGAGGUGCGGGGCUUUGCGAUUGGAAGCUAAUCAAUGAGGCUAUGGGGGCUAAGUUAGUGUGGCAAAUGUAUAGCAAGCCGGAGCAGAGGUGGGUCCGUAUUUUACAAGCUAAGUAUUUGGAUAGUGGGGAAAAGGAAAGGAUACUUACGGAUUCCUGGGAUGGAUGUCCAUCGCUGGAUUCCCAGGUCCCCCAACGGAUUAAAGAUAAGAUUGCUCAUAUUUGGGGUUCCAAGGUGUGUGAAUUUUUGUCUCAAGAAACGUCUGCAUUGGGCCAGCGUUUGAAUUGGAAGGAUCCCCGUGAUUUAAACUUGGGGGAGGUGGAUGAACGAUUGUUGAGGAAUGUCCUUAACAACAGAGAUGUGUUGAGCUCUAGGGAUGAGGAUGAGAUAGUUUGGUGUGGUGCCAAGAGUGGCAGCUACUCAGUUAAGUUGGGGUAUACUCUUUUGGAGAUAGAGGGCAGAACAAAGGAAUGUGAAGCUAAGCUUUGCUAA